GCCCGAGCCCGCAGCAAACACAGCCAUAGAAGGCAGCGGAGGAGCCGAGCCGGGCUGCGCUCGCUCGCCGCCCCCCAGCCUCUUUCUUCUCCGCCGGGUGCACUGCUCCGCGCCCUCUCCUCGCCGCUUCCCCCUUAGACAAAGAGGACAGAAAGUUUGUGCGGGGGAGCGGGCCAGGUGAGGAGGGGCGUGCCCGGCCCCCCAGCCCGCGCCACAGCAGCCGGACACAGGCCCCCAGCGCGCCAUGGGCGCCGCGGCCCGCAGCCUUCGGCUGGCGCUCGGCCUCCUGCUGCUGGCCACGCUGCUGCGCCGGGCCGACGCCUGCAGCUGCUCCCCGGUGCACCCGCAACAGGCGUUUUGCAAUGCAGACGUAGUGAUCAGGGCCAAAGCAGUGAGCGAGAAGGAGGUGGAUUCCGGGAAUGACAUCUACGGCAACCCCAUCAAGAGGAUUCAAUAUGAGAUCAAGCAGAUAAAGAUGUUCAAGGGACCUGACAAAGACAUCGAGUUCAUCUACACGGCCCCCUCCUCAGCAGUGUGCGGGGUCUCGCUGGACGUUGGAGGGAAGAAGGAAUAUCUAAUUGCAGGAAAGGCAGAAGGAGAUGGCAAGAUGCACAUUACCCUCUGUGACUUCAUUGUGCCCUGGGACACACUGAGCACCACCCAGAAGAAGAGCCUGAACCACAGGUACCAGAUGGGCUGCGAGUGCAAGAUCACACGCUGCCCCAUGAUCCCAUGCUACAUCUCUUCCCCGGAUGAGUGCCUCUGGAUGGACUGGGUCACGGAGAAGAGCAUCAACGGGCACCAGGCCAAGUUCUUUGCCUGCAUCAAGAGAAGCGACGGCUCUUGCGCGUGGUACCGCGGGGCGGCACCCCCCAAGCAGGAGUUUCUUGACAUCGAGGACCCGUAAACAGGCAGACAGAGCCUCUGCGGCCAAUGGAAAAGCCUCUGAGGGUUUAGACUGGUCCAGCUCUGACAUCCCUUCCUGGAAACAGCAUGAAUAAAACAUCAAUCAUCCAAGUGGGUUCACGCUAGUGUGAUUCUGCACCCCCCCCCAAUUUUCCCUAAACAUGGUUGUGGGUCUGGAGGGGCAGGCGGGCCAGAGUCCCUGUCACACCCCCUCCAUCUGCCAGGCUGAGCACUGUGUGUCUCAGCCUUUGAUCCUUGGGUACGGGCCGGAGAGGAAAACAGACUUUUUACCAGGCUUCUUGGGCACUGUCACAUACAGCUGACAGGCAACAUUUAAGGGCUUGCUAGCUCUGUUGGGGCAGAGCCUGGGAAUGUGCAUUUUGCAGAAACUCUUGAAGGUUGUUGUAAGACUGUGUAGCCGGCCUACCAGGUCCUUUUCAUCCUGAGAGGGACAUGUCCCUCAUUUUCUGCAGUGGCCACCCUUCUGGCCCAAGGUAGUAGUCUCUGGCCCUUGCAAGUACCCCCCAUCUCCUCUGCACCUGGUAUGGACUCCGAGCACCAGGGUCUUGCUCAAGUCCAAGAGUAGCCCUCCAACCAGUGGUUCAUUUGUCGAGGAGUCCUGGUCAACCCCAUGAAUCCACAGACUUCAGGGGCACCCCCUCAUGGGAAUGGGAACCCUCCCUGAGCUGUGUUUCUGGCUCUAACCAAGUCAUUUCUGUCCUACCCUUCCCCAUCUCCACCCGUCCCCUAGUGGGGAUCUAUGAGGUCUCCUGCUGGGGGUGAUAAUCUGUGGUGAGGGAUCCUUGGCUGUCCUUGUAGUCACUCCUAAGCCUCUAGAGCUAUUCUUAACCCCCUUCCAAGUGGCUUCAGGUGUCUGCGUUGAGCAGCACAGCUCUGCUUUCUGUAGCAUCAUGCCCUGCCGCUGUGGGGAUGCUGGUAGCAUUCCCUUUUUUUUGCACAAACUGAAGAUUUUAGAGGCCAGUCCUGUAAGGCCCCAACAGAAAAAUUCUAGUGAAAUCUCCCUGCUAGGCUGGCCCUCAUCACUACAUGUGGAUUUCUGUGUUACUAACCAAGCCCAUGAAUCCACACGGCAGCGAGGGAGCCUGAGAGGCGGGAAGCUCUGCUUGCCAAGCUGCCAGGAUGCAGUGGCUUGUUUUCAGAGCCAGCUCAUUCUCCUAAAGGUGAAUUCUCAGGUAACGUAUGAGGCUGAGAGGCAUAUGUCCUGGGCUCUGCUUCUGUCUCUUAAUGUCACAGAGGCUGCCCACUCGAGGCCCUUAUAGGGAACUGGGUGGGGCACCUAUUUGCUCCCUAAAAAAAUUGAUUUUCUGAUGCCAAUAGGAUAGGGGUUAAGACAGGCAGAACUUGGUCACUGACGAUACAGACAGUCGCUCUCCCUCCUAACUGAGUCUUAAAAAUAAGCUGUCCCGAGAACACACAUGUAUAUUAUCCAAACAUACACACACACAAAAACAGACCCUGAAGCCUGGCAGCCUGUGACUGGUUCUUUUGUAAAAUGCUUCCAUAGACCUCUAUCUUCCAACCCUGUCCUAACUAUCAGAAACCCCAAAGCAACUGUUAAGAUCCUCCCCAGAUGCUCCCUACCCACGCCCCCACACCAGGAUCUGGCCAGCUCGGAACUUGAUUACUUCUCCUUUAAGACACCCUGGGAGGAUGCCCAGGAAUCAGCCUGCCCGCCCGAGGGCAUUUUCAUGUUGUGCAGUGAUGUUCUUCCUAGGAUGCUGUCAUGGACCAGCCCACGAGACCCUGCUGUCUAUCCCGCCCUGCCUGUCUGCUUCCUGUGCAGUGAUAGCAUAUGUAACAAUGCCCAUUUCUGCUGACUUCUUGACAUGUUCUGGUUCGUUUCUGGUGUUCGCUGUGAGCAUUCUUGUACUGCGUUUAUGCCCUUGGUAGCAUUAGACUUUGCACUUUUUAAAAACAAAAACAAAAAUGUUUCGGCAUCGAGGAAGCAUUUGACCCAGAGUGGAAAGCAUGGCAUGGUAGCUGACCCGGGACCGAGGAACCCUUUUGAUCUUUGAGUUCUUUGAAUACCUGUUUUUCCAGCCUCCUGUCUUUUGUACCUGGUUCAAAUCAUUAUGAAGGAAGGAAUCUCAGAGUAGAUUGGUUCUAAAAGAUGGCCUUUAUCAUUUCUACUCACGUUGGUUUUUCUAGCCCUACUGGGCAGAUGAGAGGAAAGCAAACAGACAAGCAAACUAUUGGGACAAAGUGCCAGAUGGCAGCUGAGCAGCGGCCACUCAAAUGCCUUUGCAGCAGAUCAAUCGCAGUCUACACUUUAAGGAAUAUCUCCGCUUGGCGUUGUUUAACUUCUGUUGUGUUCUAAGCACUGGGCUUCCCUCCCUCUGCCUCUGUCAUGCCAGCAACUCGAAUAUUUCAGAUGACGUUUACAUGGUAGUUAUUUCCAAAUCUCUGCUUGAUGCAUAUUAAGACAUAUCUGUGAGCUUGCCACAUAAUUUAAAGCUUUGUUGAUUUUGUUUCCGUUUGAACUCUUGGUUGUUGGGGGGAAGCACCAUGUUCAUGCUGGAAUAUGAAGUCUGAGAUGAACCCCCCGCCCCCCCACACGCUGGCAACACCUGAGAGUUGUUGAAAGUCAACAAGCCAACCGCGCGUGUCUCUGAUGCUUUGUAUCAGUUUUGAUUUUGAUUUUUUUUUUGAGUGAUUGCUCUGUCAAUGGACAAUAAACCAUAUUAUCAAACAGAA